AGGGCAAUCUCCUCGACGCAUCUCCAGCAACGGCAGUUUGCUGCGUUAACCGAGCAGAGCAGCGCUUCAGCUCACUUGCAGCUAUACUUUGUGUUUUCCCUACGUCAUGUCCUCGAACGAGGAAUACAGCUCGGGGGAGGAGGACGCGCAGAUGCCAGAGGCGCCGACCACUUCUUACCGCACUAUCGCGCCGCUGCCGAACGCAAGCACCAGCAACACUGCAUCUCCUUCUCCUGUUGCCGAUCAGGACACUUCCAUGGCCUCUGUUACGAGCAAAAAUGCUACGUCUGCGAAUGAAUAUGCCGAGGCUAGCUCUCCCUCGAUGAGUAGGAGCACUUCGUUCACCACUGCGAGUGCUAGCCGUGCCUCCGCCAACGCUUUCACUCCUCGCUCACCGCAGGCACAGGCUGCCGCCCAGGCGCAGCUCGCUUCCCAGCAGCAACAACAAGCUUCAUCUUCUCGCUCACGCCACGCCCUCCCCGCCAAGCCGGAUGCAGAGACAGUCAGCGGGACACAGAAACGUUCACGCGUGGAGCCCUCGCUCAACCCGGCCUUGCCCAAGGUGCCAAAGACUACAGUCGAGAAGGAAAACACACCUCGGCUGAUCGUCGUCCUUGAACAGGCGUGCCUAGAGACAUACAAGCUCUCCUCCGGUAGCGCAACGGCCGGGCCGUCCAUGAAUGGCUGGGGUUCCGGUUCAGGUACCAUGGGCGGUGCUGGAGGCAGCGGCGGAGGCAGACGGAAGAACAAAGAGGGCGGAGACAAGUAUGCGCUCCUCAACUGCGAUGACCAUCAACGUGUCCUUGCAAAAAUGGGGCGGGACAUUGCGGAAGCGCGUCCAGAUAUUACCCAUCAGUGUCUGUUAACCCUGCUCGACUCACCCUUGAACAAAUCAGGCUUCCUGCAAGUUUACAUCCACACGGCUAAAGGUGUCCUGAUUGAAGUGAACCCACACGUUCGCAUUCCACGAACCUUCAAGCGCUUCUCUGGUCUGAUGGUCCAGCUCCUGCACAAGCUCUCCAUCCGGUCUGUACAGGGAUCGGAAAAGCUGCUAAAAGUCAUCCGGAACCCAGUGACUGACCACUUUCCCAGCAACACGCACAAGAUCACCCUGUCUCACAACGCACCCGUACAGAGGCUUUCAACGUACCUGCCCACUGUGCCGAAGGACCACUCGAUCGCAGUAUUCGUUGGCGCUAUGGCGCACGGAGCAGACACUUUUGCUGAUGGGAUAGUCGACGAGAAGAUCUCCAUCAGUGAAUACAGCUUGAGUGCCAGUGUCGCGUGUGGUAAAUUCUGCUGUGGUCUGGAAGAAUUCUGGGGUGUUGUUUGAUCCUUAAAAUUCGGUCACAUAAACAAGAUUUUACAGAGAGAAAGACGUAGCACGGCUUCCAUCCUCAUCCCGUGCCGCACUCAGACUCUCUCUCUCUUCGUAAAUGUAUUAAAUAGUAAGACAGUCACCUGACCGCGUUCUCGUGCGCCUAGGGAUGUCGCCCGAAGAUAAAAGAACUAAGUGGCGC